AUGAGAUCACUAGAUGGUCGGUUGCAAGUAUCUCACAGAAAAGGACUCCCUCAUGUGAUCUACUGUCGUCUUUGGCGCUGGCCUGACCUGCAGUCUCAUCAUGAGCUCAGAGCCAUUGAACUCUGUGAGUUUGCCUUUCACAUGAAAAAGGACGAGGUCUGCGUCAAUCCCUACCACUACCAGCGGGUCGAGACACCAGUUCUUCCUCCAGUGCUGGUGCCUCGUCACACUGAAAUCCCUAGUGAGUUUCCUCCUCUGGAUGACUACAGUCACUCCAUCCCAGAAAACACAAUUUUCCCCGCUGGCAUCGAACCCCAGAGCAACUACAUACCAGAAACACCCCCUCCAGGCUACAUCAGUGAGGAUGGAGAGACAAGCGAUCAUCAGAUGAACCGCAGUAUGGACACAGGGUCUCCAAAUCUGUCACCGAACCCUGUUUCUCCGGCCCACAACAAUUUAGAUCUACAGCCGGUGACAUACUGUGAACCAGCGUUCUGGUGCUCUAUCUCCUACUAUGAGCUGAAUCAGAGAGUCGGUGAAACUUUCCAUGCCUCCCAGCCCUCUUUAACAGUAGACGGCUUCACAGACCCGUCCAACUCUGAACGCUUCUGCCUGGGCCUGCUGUCCAACGUGAAUCGCAACGCUGCUGUGGAGCUCACGCGCAGACACAUUGGCCGGGGUGUGCGUUUGUACUACAUUGGAGGUGAAGUGUUUGCAGAGUGUCUAAGUGACAGCGCCAUUUUUGUUCAGAGUCCCAACUGUAACCAACGUUACGGCUGGCACCCUGCCACUGUUUGCAAGAUCCCACCUGGCUGUAAUCUGAAGAUCUUUAAUAACCAGGAGUUUGCAGCUCUGUUGGCCCAGUCUGUGAAUCAGGGCUUUGAGGCCGUGUACCAGCUCACCCGCAUGUGCACCAUUCGCAUGAGCUUCGUGAAGGGCUGGGGAGCCGAGUACAGACGGCAGACAGUGACUAGCACCCCCUGCUGGAUAGAACUGCACCUGAACGGUCCUCUUCAGUGGCUGGACAAAGUGCUCACUCAGAUGGGCUCCCCCUCCAUCCGCUGCUCCAGUGUGUCAUAGGAAAAACACUCCCUACACAAACACAACAUAUACAAACCACAAGAUCUGGGGGGAAAAAAAGUUCCUUCAGCAGUCAAAGGCUGAAGACCUUCAUACCCAGCAGCCAAUUGGGUUCCACAGACUCGGUAGCACUUUCACACGUGUCUCAUGUUGGAGGAGUGUGUUACAGUAUAUGUAUAUAUUCGUUUUUUUAUGUUGUUGUUAGCCAUUUUUAAUGCCAUUAUUGAUAUAAAAUAUUGCCAUUUAUAUGUUGUUAUAUAGCAUGUGUAUGCAAGAUCUCUCCUAUGUCGUGUCUUUUAUGAUGCUGUGUUAGGUACAUGUUUACUAUAACAGGUAUAUAAGAGGCUUGAUAAUUUUAUAGAGACAUGACAUUUUUUUUUUGUAAAGUGAAAAUAUGAAGUUUUCGUUUCAAGUUUCCCCAGAACAUUGAAUUUCCAUAUCCUGUUUUGCCCUAGCCUGUGAAAUGUGCUUUACAGCACAUACAUUAGCAAUGCACCUUUUUAAAAUUCACUACACAGAAUACUAUAUAAGAAACUUCAUGUGCACACAUAACAGUUUAUGUAACACUUGUGAAAGUGUUAUCUAUGCUUCACAAUAUCUCUGUUAUGUUUGUUGAAAUAAUAGGGGAUUUUGUCAUUGCACAGAUGCUGAGAGCCUAAUACUCUUUCUACAGUAGUUUUCCAGUUGUAGUGUUCUUCAUCUCUCAUCAAUCUAUGCAUGUGAGGAUGUUAUAACUGUGCCAGCCAGCCACAGUGAGUGUUUUGUAAUAUCUGGUCUAGUGUUGAUUUCAGCUUUGUCUGCAGUGAACCGGCCGUCUGUUCUGUGUGAAUGAAUGUGAAUGAUUGAGUUUUAUAGGAUUCGUUGCUCUUAUAACUCCAUGUAUUGUGUUGCGGUUUCAUUGUUAUUCGCUCAGUGUCUUCAUUGAGUGGGUGAGGAGCUCUGCGAGGUCUGGCAAUGUCUCUCAAUUGUCUGCUUUGGAGAACAAGUUUCUCUUUUGAAAACUGGGCAUUUCAUAUCUCACAGUAUUGGUCGUGCAUACUGUAUGUACACAUACUUGCGGGUCUUCACGUCCUCCAGAAAUGAAACUGAGCGAGUGUGCCUUCGCAUCAACUUUCAUAACAAGAGUUUGUAAAUAAGUAUAUUGGAGACUUCUACACAGGUGUUCAUGCGUAUUGUUGAGUAAGUGGGUUGUCCAGUGUUUGUGGGUUGUCCAGUGUUUAACCACUCAGAGUUGUGAUCUUUCUCAGCCGAACUUGUAAAUAUGUCUAAUAAAUUGAUUAUGCAUGCCUAUUUUCUGAAAUUCAUGCCAUUUGUACUGUAGACUCUAUUUUGCUACCAAAUAUUUUUUCAGAAGUGGGACGGGACUGUGUUUGUACCUGUUUGAAAGGUGGGGCUGUACUGCUGGCAGGUUUUUGUAAGGUUAGCCCUGUAUUUUUAUACGUCAGAUACUCGUAAGAUAUGGAGAAGGGCUUGAAGAAGGGAAAUGUCAAAAUAGGCUUUGCUAAAGCCAGAUCAUGUACAGUACUUUCAGUUAGCCGCAGGUCAGUGUGACCUGCUUGCAAUGAGAAGCCAGCUCUUGAUCUCCCAAUGUGUUGUAAAGGAAUCGUGGAGGAAAGUAGCAUGUAGGUGCAUCAUAUACUUCACAGUCAGUAGAAAAGAUGUGUGACAUCUUUGUGCAUAAAUGUUCAUAAUUACUACUGGUGAUUUAGAUGCUCUAAGACUUUUCUUUGAUAAAGUCAGAGUGUUAUUGUGUUGACUAGGAUUCCUUGAAAUGUAUUUAAAAACCUCUUGAUGUCAUCCAGCAAAGACAAAAUUGAAGGUACUGAAAUUAUUCAGGAAAUGAUUUAUUGUCCAUCUAAGCAAACGAUAAGUGUUUUCUUCGAGAGGAAGAAAAAAAUCAGAUCUCAUUUUCUCAACAAAUUGUUGAAUAUAUUUUAAGUAAUGUGCAUUAAUUGUGCUCAUGUUCAACUUUCACAUUCAGUGAUGCUGUGGCUUAAUGGUGAUUGUUGUGCUUGACAUUGUUAGAUUUCUUUAUUGUAUAAGUAUAUCAUCUUUAUUAUUUCUUUCCAUCUCUAAAGUUUAAGAGAAAAAACUAAUUGUUUGUUAUUGUAUACUUUAAUAAAUAUGUAAAU